GUCACGAGGAAGCCACAAGCCACCAGUCAUGCCUAUGCCACAUUGGUCGGCUUGCAUUAUGUUCGAAGCCGGGCAAUUAUGGAAGCUUCCGUGCAAUAUUUCUCCUAUUGGCUAUGGACAGGAUUGGAAAGCAUGACGAACACGACUUUAAGUUGUGCUGGGGGGAGGCAAACCCCUAGGUGAGGCACAGCCGUUGGACUGGCCCGAUCCGGUUCCGGAUCCGACGCUGUCCUGCAGGUGAACUACGGGCUAGACUGCAUUGAGCUGUCGUAAACCCACCAUAGCUGUUGUUGUUGCCAAGAUGAUGGGCAACGCCGGGCUAAACUGAACCUCUGCAAAUAUGCAGGCACACAACAUCGUCAGGUUUCGCUUCUUCGUAGGCUCCUAGCGAUUGGUUUGUUCGGUUUCGGGCAAAGGCUGUGCAGAGCUCGGCGGUAUAGUUCGUGAAAGUGAAUCCUCAACACAACAUUGCUUGGACUAAACUCUCGAUGAGUUGGGUUUCCUUCGAUUCACCGACAUCGUCAGGACGUCAUGACUUUCUAAACGAGAGGCUGAACAGAGAAGAUAUCACAACUAUACGGGGGCCUUUGCGGCGCAGACUCAAGUCAAGUUGUGAUAUAAGACAAGAUGCUACGAACUCUUGGACUAGAAUGAAAGUGAAUCAACAACCACAACACAUCAACUGACCACCAUCGCAUCACGAGCUUCAACCUUGAACUAUCACGCUUAUUAGUAUCCACUACAUCUCACCUUCGCGAACAACUUCACCAUGCGCCUUUCAAUUCUUCCCGCUUUCCUCAUGGCUGGUGUCUCAAUGGCCCAGGGAGACAUCGCUGCGCUCCUCGCCUCUCAGCCCGAUCUUAGCACGCUGCUUGAGCUCGUCAGUCUCGUACCCGGACUUGCAGAUACUCUCGCCUCAUCCUCCAACAUCACCAUCGUGGCUCCCACGAACCAAGCGUUUGCCAACGUGCCCCGCGAUGUCCCUGAAGGCGAGGCCAUCGAGUACCGCAACAACACCAUUGCCAUCGGGGCACUCCUUGCAAACCACGUAUUCAAGGGGGUUUAUCCGUCGAACGUGAUCACCGAUGUUCCAACCUUUGCCCAGACCUUGCUCGAUAUUUCAUACAUCGACUACAGACAGCCUUUCUCUAACUUCACUGGCGGUGCUUACAACGGACUUGUCAAGAAUGGAGAGGAUGUUUGUAUCUUGUCUGGAGAACAGACCAUUUCUACUGUCACUCAGGCUGAUAUCAAACUUGGCGAGGGUAUCACGAUCCACAAAAUCGACACUGUUCUCUCAUUCGGCGCUCCCUUCCAGCUCUUCACCUUCCGAGCGGGCUACCUCGCCAUGAACGCGGCGUUGGAAGCCGCGCACCUGAACUUCGCAUUCGGUGAGACUGGAGCCGACGAGCAAGGCCUGAACAUCUCUGACUACACCAUCUUCGUGCCUACCGACGAGGCCUUCAAGUCAAUUGGCUCUGUGCUUGAGACCGCUAGCCUUGAGACGCUCCAAGAGGUUCUUCGCUACCACAUCAUUCCCAACAAUGUCAUCUUCUCGCCGUCCCUGGGCAAUGUCACCGUUCCAUCUCUUCAAGGAACCAACCUCACUUUCACGGUUUUGCCCGAUGGUUCAGCCUGGGUCAACAAUGCAAGAAUCACAUUCCCCAACACAAUUCUGUUCAACGGUGUCGCCCACGUCAUUGAUAGCGUCUUGAGUCCUGGAAACUUUGACAGAUCUUCCCUGAAGCCGGCAGCACCAGCCUCUGAGCGAGUUGCCUUCUCCGGCGCAUCCUCAGUUUCAAGCCUGCCCUUCACGAGCGUCUCUUUCGCGACGGACAUGAUGGCCUUCACAGCGACACCCAGUCUGCUCAAGACAGUCGCUGCCGUCGCUACUGCUACCGCUACGGGUGCUGCCAAUGCCACCGCCACGACUUCUGGCAGGCCCACUACGGUGCCAACCAACGGCGGUAGCAACCUGUUCCCCGGCAUGAUUUUGGGCCUUUCUGUCGCUAUCGGAUUUGCCGCAUUCCUCAUUUAAGCCUCUCUGGAUCUAAGCAAACUGGCAUGGAAAGGCUGGACGAGGGCGGGAGCUCUGUGAGGGAAGCAAACGCAUAGUUCCUAACUCAGCGC